AAAAAUGAGAGAACAUAUAAAAAGGGAUUCGUAUUACAACAGAAAAUGUCAAAACCUUCAGAGGUUCCAUUCCUAAGCAAUUCUGACACAAUCAGCUAUGUGUCGUCAUCUAAAUUGAUGGUCUUGGUUCCCAACUCACGUCUGGAUAUUCUUCAGAAAGUAUCCACUAUUUAUGGAACCAAUGCUACCUGCGUAAAAGAAGACGAUAAAAGCAAACAGUAUGUAAUGGUUAAAAAGGCUUGUUUGGAGGACCGUCAUGUUAUUGCCAUUGAUGUUGGAGAUAUUCAAGACCCUGAUUCUUCGAAACUCCUGCCUUUUACUGAAUUAGCAUAUGACUUCAACUAUAUUGUAUCUUUUAUUAAUGAACCUGAGAGUAUUCUUCCAGAUUAUGUUGGUUGGCACCUGAAUGAGGCAGAUUCUUGCAUGCUUGGUCUAUGUGCCAAAGCCCUUCUUGAUGAUCUUCUUAGAAAUAAUUAUGAAUUUUGUACUGAUUUUAGAAAUUUCAGCCAGAGUGAGACAAUAUCUGAAAUGUUAGAAUUUUAUCAACUUGCACCUUCAAAUCACAAUGGUAUGCUUCAUUGUACUGCCAAGUAUUUUGGCAAAACCCCAGCAUCACCUGCCAUAGAAUACUUUCAAGAGGUAAAAAAAAGCAUCACAAUGGCUUUUGAAACCACUGUCAUUGGUUUGGUGUUCACUCCACGCACAUUUGGUGCUCGCCUGAAACUCUCUCCAAAUCAGUUAGAACUUUGGGGAGGGGAUGAUGAACAGAAGCAAGUGACUCGGGAAUCAUUUGACAGCAGUACUGAGGGGACUAGCCCAAACAAAAGUUUGCAGAAGGAGUCUGACUCAAUAACAUCCCUCAAUUCAGCUAUGACCCAAAAAUUGGUAUUAAAUGAGUCUGAAAAAGAUUUUGGAGCACCAAUCAAGAAAAAGUCACCAAGAUAUUUUCCGAAUUGCCAAGCUUCACUUGUUUAUCCUACAGAAAAUUUAUCAGAGGAUCCAGAUUUCCACCCUGUGACAGGUCCUGGCCGCAAGGCUCACAUGACACUUGGUAUUGCUCCAGGACAGAGUGCUGUAACAACAGGGUAUGAUCUUCUUGAAAUAGUUGAGUUGGAAAAGAUGCAAAAAGAAUGGAAAACAUACGAAGUUUCACGGGGUUGGCUCAGAGAUUAUGGAGAAAAUAGAUGGGUUUUAUAUAUGAAAAAUAAAAUUACAGUUAAUAGUUUGUUUUCAGGUGUUUACAAUUUUUCAUAACACAUGAAUGAAAUAUUUGCUCAUUUUAACGUGUCCAAAACUAACUAUCCGACUGGAAAGCUAGUUCUUUUCUUUGUAAAGACAUUUGUUGUAAUUACAAUGAUUCUUACAUUAAUUUUUACUUCCUAAGUUUUGCAUGGUUAUUAAUAAUAUAUGACUGAGGUGAAAAAUUGAUGUUGGU